AAGUUUAUAUCCCGUAAUCUCAAGACAUUUCCCCCACUCUCUUUUUUCCCACCAUUCGCCGUCGCCGUUACUCUCCUCUCCCAGCAGCUUCUAGCACCACCGUCUAAAUCAAAUCCUUUUCCUCUUUCACAAAAGGAUGAACAGAGUCACGAGACUCGCCGCCCUCCGCCGUGCCGCCGCCACCGCAACAUCACUUUCCCAGACCGGAUCCCUCCAGCAAGCGGCUCCCUUCAGUAGCUCUGCUUCUUCCCACUGGUUUUCCGGCCGGUUUGGCGGUAACUUUGGCUCGACUUCGCCGGCGUCUCAUUAUCUUCCUUCGAAUGGCGUCGCCGGAACCAUGUUCUUCUCCGUCGCUGCUGCAACUUCUCUGAGUCAGGAGGCUCACGCUAAGGAACCCCUUCAAUCCCAAAUUUUUAAGGAAGUUGUUCUAUACCAGUAUGAAGCUUGCCCUUUUUGCAACAAGGUCAAAGCCUUCCUCGAUUACUAUGACAUUCCAUACAAAGUUGUGGAGGUUAAUCCCAUCAGCAAGAAGGAGAUUAAGUGGUCAGAUUACAAGAAGGUGCCUAUACUGACUGUUGACGGCGAACCUAUGAAUGAUUCAUCAGUUAUUAUUGAAUCACUAUUUAAAAGAAUGCAUCCAGAGGGAUCUCCUGGUUCUAGCACGAACACUGAGGAUGAGAAGAAAUGGGUUGGGUGGGUGAAUGGUCAUUUGGUGCACGUCUUGUCACCAAAUAUCUACCGAACAGCGGGUGAGGCUCUCGAGUCAUUUGAUUAUAUCGCAUCCCAUGGAAACUUUAGCUUCACGGAAAAGUUGGUAGCAAAGUAUGCUGGUGCAACAGCCAUGUAUUUCGUUGCCAAGAAACUGAAAAAGAAGUAUAACAUAACUGAUGAACGUGAAUCUUUAUACCAAUCCGCAGAUACAUGGGUAGAUGCACUGAAGGGUCAGCCUUUUCUUGGUGGCUCAAAACCUAAUCUGGCUGAUCUUGCUGUGUUUGGUGUCUUGAGACCGAUACGCCAUCUACAAUCUGGCAGAGACAUGGUGGAGCACACACGCAUUGGUGAUUGGUAUUCUCGGAUGGAGAAAGCCGUAGGGGAAUCCUGUAGAGUAACUGCGUAACUCUACUCUUGACCAGGAGUUCGCCAACUUCAUAGAUCGUAGUCUUGUCUGGUUGCAGUCUCUAUAAGCAGUGACGAUUGAAAUUAGCUUGAACUCGAAAGUAAAUAACGACUAGGAGCAAUGAUAGACGUGUGUGCCUCAGAUUUUCGAGGUUAUAGACAAUUUUUUGACAACAUAUUUUUGCAGGGUUACACAGCCACCAGACUCCUAUUUCUUGUAGAUGAAAUGUCAUACCAUCAGGGGGAGAUUAUGCUUGUUUCUCUAAAUUGUUAAACAUAAAACUGAUGGUUAAAUACAAUAGACAUUAAUUCUUUUUUAAUAUGAAUUAUGCAAACGAUGAACGAGGAAAGUAAAGUUGUGGAAUUACGAGUAUAUUAUUUUUCAA